GUCAAACUCCUCAUUGAAUCAACAGACCAAACAACAAACAUUUUUCAUCACACUGCAUGAAUACGAUUGAGACCAUUCAAUAAAAUAUAAUAAAACUAACGGCGCAUGACCAUGAUACUUCUACCUGUCCUGCUUCUUCUCUGGGGCGUUCCCCUUUCAACGGCUACGGGCCGACUGAGACGAUUCUACUCGAUCGAUUCAAGAAUGCUUAUAAAUGAAGCACGAAAUGUUUGCAGAAGUAACUACACUGACCUCGUCACAAUCUAUGAUGAAGAAGAGAAUAAUGAGUUAAUUGGUAUUCUCAAAAAUAAUACGAAUAGUGUGAGUGGUUGGAUUGGUGCCAGCAGCUGUAAAUGGUCAAACGGUGAGCUUGUCACAUUCACCAAUUACAGCGCAACUUUUAACGAGGAAAAAUGCUGUGGUGUCAUAAACACUGAUGGAAGAUGGGACUGUAUCAAUUGUACUUCAACAAAAAAGUACUUCAUGUGUUAUGAUCAAGGUCUUGGGCAACAAUCAUACAAUUACAGUUUAAUCCGUGAAAACAGAAGCUGGUUUGAGGCUCAGAUGUACUGUAGAGAGAAUCACACUGACCUAGUCACUAUCAGAGAUGAAGAGGAAAAUGAUCGAGUGAAGGAAGCAAGGAAUGGGAGUGACUCUUUCUGGAUCGGCCUCCAGUACAAUAACAGCCUUGAUUGGUUUGAUGGUGGAUAUUCAGAUUACAAACAGAAUAGUUCAUCUCAAGGAUGCUUUACAUAUCUCUCAAGUCAUAAGAACAAUACACAAGGAGGACAUUGGUUCAAAGCUAACAAUGGUUCUUAUUCUGCUCUGUGCUACAAAAGCUUCAUUCAUGUCAGUGAGAAGAAUAUGUCCUGGGAGGACGCUCGGCAUUACUGCGACUGCAACUUCUCUGGACUCCUGCGCAUCGAGUCUGAGAACGAUCAGAUAGAAACGGAGCGAGAGCUAAAAAGAAGGAAUAUCUCCGGGCCAGUUUGGGUGGGACUCAAAGAGAUUCGCCUCUGGACGUGGACCAGUGGACUUCAAGUGGUAAACUGGAGUAACUGGAAGGAAGGAAGUCAACCAGAAAAUGAGCACUGCGGUGCCAUAGAGAAGGUGGACGGUCGAUACAAAUGGUGUGCUAAAAACUGUACAAUGAAAUAUAGAGUUUUAUGUGAGAUGAAGCAGGGGCAAAGCGAUCAUUUCAAAAGUGGGGGGGCCAGAAUGUCAAGCAUUAUACCAGGUGUUUUUUCUUCUGCAGAAUUUACAGGUUUUUGCUUAAUUGGCUUAAUAUACUAUUAUGUUUAAAACAAUAAAACAGAAAGAAAGAAAUGCAGAUGCAUGUUCUGUACUUUAUAUUGCACAUCGUAUUGUAUAUUGGGG